UUUUGUGAUUACAACCAAGAAAUUCGAGCGAAGAAGAAUGCUACACUCGCCUCCUUGCUGCUCGAAAAUUCCGCAAUUUCUAGGUAUCUAUUUUUAGAUUUGUUUUGGCUAAUUUUCUGCAUCAUUCAAGAAAUUAGUGUAUGUUGAAGGUAGGCGAGUUCUUUUGCGUAGUGACAUUGCUAAUUUUGCGCGUUUUUCAUACUAGCCAGGACUAGGUUGGUAUCGUUUUAAGAUAGUGAGGUACUGGUACUGGAGGGAAAGGAAAUUUCCAUUGACCGAUACGGGUAUCUGCCAUGCCUGGAUCUUCUCUACGUAGACAUAGAACAUUCUUAUUGAUGAGUAAACAGUUGCUUGUGAUUUGACCAUUCGAUCAUGAGAAGCCUACUUCUUGAAAUACGUAUGUGAAGAUAGAAUCUGUUCGCAGUUUGUGAAUAUUGUUGGCUGCAAUACGCUAAGUAGAGUAUCGACUCACGCAACAUCUAAAAACUUACAAGUUGAAUACUACGCACCUCCACUUUUCAGCAUAGUACGUCACUGCUACUCUCUUUGGAACUAUUUCGAGUUAGUGCCCUAGGGUCUGGUCUCAAAGUUCAUUUGGUAGGUCAAAUCGACGACAGAUGGCACGGCGCUCGUUCUUGAAUAGUCGGGUUAUAAUCACCAAGUCAAUGUGUUUUCACGACCUGAAGCAUGAAUCAUGAGUCUGUAUUUGAGUACUUGUCAGCGUUUGCACUGUGUAGAAAGCACCCAACUCUCAUCUAGCGACCCUCCUUUGAAGUUUCCAUAUGGUCAAUUUCGGAAGAUUCUCGAGGUGGCGAACGGGCGGGAGUCUUGACUGGCGUGGCAAACGGGCGGUGCUAGGCGUAGAAUCCAUUCAAUUCUAUAUUGGCGCUAAGUCAACUAAGAACUGCACAAAGACGGCCACUAUUGUCGCCUCCUAGUCCUGGAAGUGCUCCACUUAGCGACUUCUGCCCCUUGCUUUCUCUUGGUUUUUCUGUCUUGCCUUUUCGUUUCGUUUCAUGUGAUUCCCCGCGCCCCUCCAGAGUGCACCGCGCCAGCCUGCAAAUUUGUGCUGGGGGAUUCUGGAGGGGCGCGGGGGUUUGGAGGGUGCCCGAGGUUCUUGGCUCGCAAUUGGGGGAGGGUUUUCCUGAAGGGAGCGCAGUAGGCGGCGAGUGUUCUGCGGAUUCGUGUCAUGCCUGGAAAGAUUGCGCUUUGUCCGGGGUUUUGCAGUCCUUGGCUGGAUUUUCUCCAUUAUAUGCAUCGCGUUAAUAUUGGCACCAGAUAAGACUACGAUCAAGCUCAUGAGAAAGCACCAUCGAAAUAACGAACGGCGAUGAUAUGGAUGGUUUUGUGUAUCAUCUUCAUCUUGUGUAUCUAUAAAUGAAUCUUACAACGAAUCUGGUGGCUCCAUCUGCGG